GGUGGAUAUUUCAAGUACAAGAGGAUUGGUUGCUCAGUUCAUCAUUUCAUCAGCUUGUCUUUGAAGGAAUAGGAAGGACAAAAUAUUUUUUUUACUCAUAGUGGAUAUUUUUUUUGGUAAACCGUCACUAUCAUUAGCCAAGAGUAUUUAAAGCUCUGAUUCAAGUGAAAUUUCAUCAUAACGAUUUAGAACCUUGUUGGGAUCACAUCACUCGAUACAAGCCGAACUGUCUGCCAUCAGUGCUCAAUUUGAUUUGGAUACUUCUACAAUUUUAAUCUAAAGCCCAGCAACCACCCAGCAUGAAGCCCGAGAUUGAGAACCAACCUAUAGGAAAGGGCCAGGGCGAUGAGUGUGGCAACGAGGAGGUCAAUGUCAUCAACCGUGUGGCCGCACUACCCAUGGUCAGCUCAACCUUGACCCAAAUGACCAAUGCUUACAACUGGAGCAAGGACAAGAACAGCCUGGUCAAGUACACUCUGGAGAUGGCCGAGAGCACCGUGUCCAUGGCUGCUAGCACUGCACAGCCAGUGGUCAACAGACUUGGAGGACCAAUUUCUGCUGCUAAUGAUUAUGCUAACCAGCAGAUGGACAAACUAGAAGAGAAGGUCCCCAUCAUCACGGACACACCUGAAAAGAUGAUGACUGACCUCCAGGAUGGCACCAAGAAGAUGAUUGAGAACACCAAGAAGGCCGGUUCAGACAGGAUCAACAACCUCCUGCUGACCAGACUGGGGAUGGCACUGACCACCAGUGUGGACACCGCUCUUCUGCUCUCUGAGUUUGCCGUCGACUACUACCUUCCUGCUGAGAACAACUCUAGCAACGGUGAGAAACAGGUCCCUGAUCAGGCUCUGGCUGCAGCAGGAGUGGAAGGUGAAGACCAUAUCCCUCAGGACAAGCCCCUGGAGGCCACCGUCCAGCGCGCAAGCCGUGUCUCCAACAAGGUCCGACGUCGUGUCGUCAACAAGGCUAUGCGUAACGUCCGCUACGCUCAGAAGCGCAGCCAGGAGACGCUCCAACGGCUGCACUACACCGUGGACCUGAUGGAGUAUGCUCGUACAAACAUCGACUCGGCUAACAAGGCUGUCCAGUCCCGUGUGGAGUCCACCCAUCAAACUCUGUCCAAGACUUGGGAUGACUGGACGUUGGAGGAAGGAGACGAGACCAAGGGAGAUGUCAAGAACGAGGUCGAAACUACUAAUGGAGAGCAGAAGACCUUAGCCAUUGCUCGUAACCUUGCCGGUCGUCUUCAAGUCCUGAGCGUCAACAUCGCUGGCUGUGUUCGUCUCCUCCCCGGGAGCCUACGAACCAAGGUGGAGGAAGGCCGCGAGCUCGCCGACGCCCUCUAUCAUUCGCUCGAAGAGGCUCAGACAAUCCGAGAUCUGCCCGCCAACGUCCUCGUCACCGCUAAGCAACAGUUGGACAAGAUGUCCAACAUCUCCUUGUCUGUAGCCGACUUCUUGGUCUCCUCCACACCUCUUCAGUGGCUGGUGCCGCAUCAGGUGAGACAAUACUUAGACACUUCUUCUUCCAAGCUCGCGUCCAAUGGGCAUGUCGCUGCUGAAAGCACCCCAUCAUCGCCCCUAGGGGACCACUCCUACUCCAAAAAUGGCACCCGGUCCCAAUGACUACCGGUAGCCAUUGUAGACCUGCUGCAGGGCGUGGCAUCAGGUAUGGCAUGGAGUCCCCCUCAUGACCCCCCUCUCCCGCCCCCACCCAGUCUGAAGGGAAUAAAGCCGCACCCCUCUCAUGUAGGCACUUUGAACUAUGAUAAGCUCCUCAUGCACCCAUAUGAUACCAGGGAUGUUUGGAGACAAGCCGCCCUGGAGGCGAGGCUGAUUGGGGCGGGGCCGCUCAAGGAGCUCCAGCGCUCCCUCCGUGUCCUCGUCAAGUCCAUUCACAUCACCACCUCCCUUCACAUUCGCAUCAAGGUGACGGGGCCAGAUCACACCACUAAGAGCCGUUCACGCCUCGAUUUCACUGCAUCUUCAUCGGUAUCUUUACCCCUCCCUGCCUCCUCCUCCUCACAUCAUUGCCGUCAUCCUGCCAUCGUGCUGUCAAGAGCCAUGUCCACCACAGACUGAUCAAUCAAUGACUGGAUUCAUCAUUCUCAUAAUUAUUCUAUCAUCAUGAACUCUCAAAACUUACUUUUUAUUUUUGCUUGAGAGUGGAAAAUAGAGCUAAAUUCUAAGAAAAUGCUUGAAGACUUAAAUGAUUUUCUAUGUACAUUAAUAUGCUUAGUCAUUGGACUGACAAUAAUAUGUUAUGCCGAUGUGGAUGAAAUAUGAAAGGACUUUAUGGCGAUUUCGAUGUUUGAAUUUGCAGUACAAGUGGAAGAAUUUUGUCAUAGUUCAUACCUACAUGAUCUUAACAUGAUUACUGAAAGCUCAAGUAAAAAAAGAAGUAGCCACAUCUACACAUGUACUUCCCGAAAGCAAAAGCAUAUAAAACUAAAAUAGAUUGAUGUAUGUGUUUUCUAAAUGAGGUUUGAUUUACUAGAUCUACUAGAUACUUAGAAUAUAGAACUUGCUUUGUGAUUUUUUUAAAUAACUGAAAUAAAGCAGUUUUAAAUGAAAUAAAUGAGUUAUUGCUGCACGUUAAUGAUUUUUUUGCUUUCAAAGAUUUUAUUUUAAAUACAGAAUUUACAUGGUGUGUUGUUGAUAUUGAUAAAUGAAAUAAAAGAAUGAAAUAUCAGUCAUUCUCAUAAUAUUUUAUGCUGCAUUACUAUAUAAUAUUUUUUUGUUUUGUUAAAUACUUAAAUUGGACUUGCAUGAUAAGAUUAGUGAAAUAAAAUAGAGAAUUUUUUUUUGUACACCUGUAGUAAAGGACUUUUUACAUAUAGUUAGACUUUACAAAGUAUGAUGUCUGUUUAGAUUGAAUUCGAGAAAUGUGUAGAAAGAGCAGAAAAAAUCUUUUGUGACGAUAAAUUUAAUUAAAAAAAAGUGGCGGUAAAGUAGUAUAAGUAAAUCCUUUUACACUUACAAUAUACCAUAAAUUCUAAGUUUUAUUAAGAAAAUCUUGGAGAAAAUAUGAAGAUAUUUCUGCAGGGUAAUUUGUUAUCAUUAUUUCAUCACACAUGUACAAGAAGUGCACUUUUUGUGGUUGUUUUAGUUAAAUAUACAUUUACAUGUACAUGUAUAAUAUAAAUCUGAUCUAGUUCUAUUAUGAACCUUCUGCUGCCAUUAUCACAUGUAUUUAUGCCGUUCAUUUUCACUUUUCAGAAGCUAUUUUCAGUGUCUUAUGCAUGCAUAGAUAAAGCACAUGUUCACAAAAACGUAGUAUUUAGUUUAACUUCUAUGGAAUAGAGAAUUUUAUUACAAGCUUCAGAGUAUUUAUAUUUUUAAAAAUUUCAUUAUUAUUGAUAUCGAGGUUGAGAAAAAUACAAUACGUCCAUCAAAAACAAUGUCUUAAUACUGCCUUGCUGUUUUGAGUUAUCUUUGAUUUUUCUUUUUUAUUCUUGUCCAUUGAAGUAUGUUUGAUAAUGUGUGUUUUCUAACUUUAUGCUGAUAUAAAAAAAUGAUUUGAAAUUGAAAUUACCUUUUUGAAAAAAAAGAAAAGAAAAAAAAAACAGAUUAAAUUUUCUUUUCAAACAACAAUUUGGCUAUCUCAUGCAUCUUCUCAUUUUCCUAAAAUGCCUAUCAAUGAUCCCUAAAAUCAAAAAUUGUUUAUACCAAGCUUUAUUGCAUUGGCUGAGUUUGUAGUUUGGGGAUAUUUUCUGUUGUUUAAUUAAUUGCGUAAAUUAUUUUAUUCUGCUUUGAAUGCUCAUUGCACUGAUUCUAUUAAAGUGCUGUAAUAUCCUGUGUAAUUGAUCUUUGGUCAUAAUUGAUUUUUAAAAAUAUUUGCCACAGUAUGUUUUAAAACUCUGCUGUGAUACUUAAUAAUAAAGACAUCAUUAUACUUUAA